ACAAAGCCUAGGGUAUGGUUUUGUUAAUUACGUUAGACCAGAAGAUGCUGAGAAAGCUAUAAACACUUUGAAUGGACUCAGACUUCAGAACAAAACCAUAAAGGUUUCGUAUGCGCGGCCAAGCAGCGAAGCAAUAAAGGGAGCUAAUCUUUACGUAAGCGGCCUCCCCAAGUCCAUGACGCAGCAGGAUUUAGAGGGGCUUUUUACCCCUUAUGGACGCAUCAUCACCUCCCGUAUUCUCUGCGAUAACAUCACAGGUCUGACACAGCAAAACUCAGCAGGUCUCUCUAAAGGCGUUGGCUUCGUUCGCUUCGAUCAACGUAUUGAGGCGGAGCGUGCCAUCAAGCACCUGCACAAUACCAUCCCCGAGGGGGCCUCCGAACCCAUCACGGUCAAGUUUGCCAACAACCCAAGUAACAACGCCAAGGCCAUCACUCCCCUCGCCGCUUACCUAUCGCCGCAGCGACGUUUUCCUGGACCGAUCCAUCACCCGGCGAACCGCUUCAGGUACAUACCCCUGUCGCCCAUCUCCAGUAGGUACUCUCCUCUGGCUGGCGAUCUUUUGGCAAAUCCUCUUCUUGCUGGGAAUGCUAUGAAUGGCUCUGGAUGGUGCAUCUUCGUCUACAAUUUGGCGCCGGACACUGAAGAGAACCUCCUUUGGCAAUUGUUCGGUCCUUUUGGAGCGGUCCAGUCGGUCAAGGUCAUUAGAGAUCUACAAACCAACAAGUGUAAAGGCUUCGGAUUCGUCACAAUGACGAAUUAUGACGAAGCCUUGGUGGCUAUACAAAGCCUCAAUGGAUACACCCUCGGCAACAGAGUGCUUCAAGUUUCGUUCAAGACCAACAAGUGCAAGACAUAAGAUGAGCAGAGUGUUUCACCAGUUGCAGCGAGUGAUCGUUUUUUCCCCUCAUUGGUUUCAACCGGAGUUACAUUUUCCAUUUUGUUUUUGUGUCUAAUUUUCGUACGUAAAAGUCAGGGGAGCACAUGUACUGAACUGAAGCGUACUGGUAUGCGUACGCCUCCUCUGACCAAAGGACUCCGCCUCUGUGGGGAAAAGCAUUCCUUAAUCGGACUUGUAAACCUUUCGUACGGCAUCACCAAAAUGCAAAACAAUGCGUUGUGACACACUGGGGCAAGCUGGAUGAGAGUGGUCUUGUUGGUCGUCUUCUAGUCAGUAUAGUGGGUAUUUUUGCCCUUGUAUCAAUGUUAAAAUGAAAGUAUUAAAACUUUAUAUGAUGCGGAUAUCAUAAGGUGCACGGUAUAGAUGAAUUUAGACUGUAUGGUAUGAAAAUAAACCCGUAAGCGGUUAAAUCAAAACUAGGUAUGUUCAUCUCUGGAGACUUGCUUCUCAUAUAGCUUGCUCCUUUCUAGAAUUCACAAAUUCAGAAUUUUUGUUAAAUCUUCAAUGUGAUGCUUUGAAUUUUGGUGAUGCCUCAAAACUAGUCAUAUGUCUCGAUUUAUAUACUUGUUAACUAUUUAGAAAUAUGAAAUGAAAAAUUAAGAUUUACAUUAAGCAUAAUCUGAAGCAAAAUAACAAAUGAAAACCAAAGAAAUUUUGAAAUAUUGAAAUGUUUGUCAGAAGGGUGCGUGCAUUCUUUAUAAACUAUGGAAAACAUUUAAAUGUUGAUUUGGCAAGUCAAAAAAAAGUAUCCUUCUUUGUUAGAGUUGUGUGUUGGCAAUGUCUGCAUACUUUGAAUUUUACCACUAUGCCCAUCUCCUGUAGUUGUAUUGUGCUAUUUAGUCAUUCUCUACUUAAUAAUUUUGAACUGAAUCUGAAAGUUUGCAGUUCAAAAACUAUGUGCGUGUUUGGGCUGUGUGAUGCAGAUACUCUAGUCAGGUCAGUUAGAAGCCACACAUGACUUUUUAGGAACAUUGACAUGUUAUGGCAAAAUACACACCAUUUUAACUUAAUUUUUAGUGUGUUAAUGUCCCGUUGAUAUAUACAUAUAUAUAACACAUACAUAGCACUAUUUAUUACUAGAUUUUCCCACUAGUGCUUUGCCAAAUCUGUUAGCUUACUAGAAUAUAUUGCAUAUGUUUGAUUCAAGUGGAAUUUUUGAAAGUUAUUACUAUUUUUUCCCUUUGUGUUGCUUUGUAUUUGCUUUGUCAUGUUUAUUGCAAGAUUAUUUUUGAAUUUUAUUAUUUUGCUUAGCGUAACCUAAGUUCAGUCACGCUUAUAAGCACGUAGCUUUGUUUAUUUUUAGUCACGACGUAACUUAUUUUUUUCACUUUAUGUAUACUUUAUUAUUAAUUGUGAAAAAUAAAACAAAUUUGUACUUUUUGUUUUCGGCAAUGGCUGUCGGUUUUCAUUUACGUACAGCAUGUAACCACCAAACUAAUGCCUCGAGUUUGCUGACUAGUGAUCGCUUGGCGCAUUCUUCCAGGUUCAGUAGGUAAUGGCAGGGAAUUCAUUACGAAUGAAAGGGCAAACGCGGGCAUUGUUUGUUGAAUGUGUUUAAUUGAGCUGUAGGUUAAAUGCAUGAUCCUUUUUGUACUCCAUCAUCCCCCCAAAAAGUUGUUUUCGCCUCGCUUACCAUCGUGUUGUACAUUUUUAAGUGGAAAUUCUGAACAUUCCUUUUAUUAAAAACAUGACGGGGGCUCGGGAUGAAAAAAUCUGAUGCCUGCGGUACUAAAUUAAAAAUGCGUUCCAUAGGGCUUUCAUCUCAGCUUGGCAUUUAGUUCUGUGUUUGCCAUUCCUGUCUACAUGGUGCUACAAUGCUUGUAAAAUGUACAAUUUUAUGCGUGAAUCUGAUGUUUAAAUGUUGCUGUGUCAAUAGCACAAAAUGGCUUUCACAUGCUGCAAGUUCCAUUACUGUAUUUAGCAGAUAUGUUUUCUCGUAAUGAGAACCAGCUUUAAAUCUUAUUUGGGCCAUCAUGCUCAAUAAAUAAUAUCAAUGGUGCUGACAUAUGUAAAUUAUACAAAGAAUGAACUAAGUUAAUCUAGGAAAUGGACAUUUCUCGAGCCCCCGUCAUCUCUGAUAUUGCAAGCAAAAAAUACAACUAUGUCUCUCGCACAAAAUAAACGCAAAAUUUGAAUUACCAGUACAUCCGUCUUGCUUCUAUACCAAAAACGCUUCAGUCACCUCUUUGUCUAACUGAAUCGCGUGAAAUAAAAUCUUAACUAAAUUCUCUCUGAGUCUAAAUUUUAAAAGCUGAGUGAGAUGAGACUAAAUGGUAUACACCGUACAUGCCACUUUUGAGCCACAACAUGAUAUACACUUCCACUAGAGAAGUCUAUUUUUAUAAACAAGUCCUAGAACACCUUGUUGGUAGUGCAACUUUUAAACUUAAAAAAAAUACGAAUUUUAUUCCUGAGAAUGAUGGAAUAAAAAUGGUAAACAAUGGUGAGAUUUAUCCAGGUUGUCAUGAUAGGAUGCUGAUGAAUGUCAACCGUUAUACGCCUCCAAUAUGGAUCUUCCACGCUGGCCUGCCCUACAUAUAUAUAUAUAUAUGUAUAUUUUCCACUAAUGUUAGUGGAUAUAUAUAUUAGCUGAUAUUAAGCGUGUUUUAAUACAAAAUAAAAUACAAAUGAAAAGUGAUUUUUUUUUGAAAAAAUAUGCUAUUUCUUGACGGUAAGCUAAAGGAUGAAGCUCUUGUGGUCUCAACUUUGUACAUAUAUAUAGCGGACGUAGUUGAUGGUAGAAAUUUUUGAUAAAAGGAGCUACAUAUUACUUUCGACGGUUUUAACAAAUUGUGUACGCAAGCACUCCCUGUUGCAACUGCUGAGUGAUAGUUAAUGGGAUUUUGUGCAUAUUAAAAGGCGGCCUUCAUAGGCCGUUGUUUAAAGUGAGCAAUUGACAAAGCAAUACAAUAUACUCCAUUAGUUUUGAAUAAGUCUUUCUUGGGAGUAUACAUUUUACCGAAGGCAAGACUAUUGUGAGGGCCAUUUUCAGCCAAACCAUUCAUAAAUUUCGCAUAAUGGACGUCCGUUGUGGUAAUUGGUGUAGAUCUAAUGUUUCAAUUUAUGUAAUUUUAUGCUCGAUACUAGUUGCCACUCGGGCAACUGUAUCAUUGAACACUGCCUAAAGCAGAUAAUGUUUUUAGUUAAUCUUGAUAAGAGGCCAUGAAAUGUAGUAUUAAUUUGAAAUCUAUGGAAUACCUUAAAUGUAAAAUUCUUUCACGCAGAUGCGAUUGUAACCAGUUGAGAGAUUUCUACUUUGUAGUCCUCUCAUAAACACAUUUGUUUAUAUAUAUAUAUAUACCUCAUUUAAAUAUUGACAGACAAUAACAGGUGACCAAUUUUCAUGAACUCGGGGAUCUUCGUAGUUUCUUCCAUAAAAGAACAAAUUUGAAAACACUUCCUAAACGCAUUACAGCAAGAAAUUUAAAUGUAAAAAAUCUCUUGCUGCAAUCUGUAUUUUAAAAUAUUUGCAAUUUUUAAACAUUUAUAUAGCAAUACGUUUUAAAUUACAGUUCUCAAUUGGCGAAAAAGUAAUACCACUUGGAGGUUCCCGAUGUCUUGGACAAUUUAUGGUCACCUUAAAAAAGAAAAUGUAGGUGCUUGCGUAUUCAUUUGCUGUUAAGGUGCAAUACUGUAUGCAAUUCCAGGAAAAUUAUUUAUUGUGGCGUUAUAUUGCCUAUUAAUCUACUGUUAUUGGAUGACAUUUUUAUACUUCAAAAGGGAAAAGUUGUUGAAAUGUGUCUGUUCGGUGCCCUGGCAUCUUUGCAGAUUGAUAAAAAAAUUAAAAUCAUUAGUUAUGGAAUUCAUAAAUUUUCCAUCGUAGCUGUAAAGCAUUAACUGCCACUGUAUUAAAAUUAAGGCAACUUGUGUGCUUGUUCAACUUUUUGACCCAUUGGAAAGAAAACAUUAUUUGUUGAUAUUUGAGAAGUGUAUUAUGACCAAGCACUUCCAAUCUCGAGCUUAUAUUCUCAGUAGAAAGACUUUUGAAGUUGUUUUAAGAAUAUCGAUAUAUAUCUCACGUUCAGAAUAUUUUUCCAUUUAUUUCAACGCGAGACGAACGAACUUUGUUUUCGCACGACGGAUAUUUCAUAAAAUCUUUUUUGAUAAGGACCUAAAAAAAAAUGUUCUCAUGAAAACUCUGAAAAAUUAAAGCUUUGCACAUCUGCAGGACGUUCGGGCACCGGAAAUUUUCCUCUUUUCCUUUCCAAAAUGCUUCGUGGAAUCAGGUAACAAGGCGCCAAAUAUUUGCCUAUCUGCCUGGUUUUGUUGCAGAUUUCAAAUGAAUUAUUUCAUUACUUUAUCAAUGAGUAUAAACAUUUUUAGGGGCUGCUCUGUUAUCACUAGAAAUACAUUACUCCAUGAUUUACAAACACAACUUGCUUCUGAAGUGGCAUUAGAGCAUAAAUAUACCCAUUUACUUCUGUGAAUAUUUCAGAAUCUCACUGCUUUAUUUGAAUUUAAUGUUAACAUUAUGUUCCGCUUUUAAAAGGAACAUUAAAUUUUGGAGUGUUGGUUAUAAAUGUUAACAACUUGUACCUCUUCUACGCACGAACUUAGAAUUAUUAAUCUUGAAAAUUAAGACGAAUACACUCAUUCUAAUUUUAGGAGUAAUUUCUUUGUACUGGAUUGCUUGAGCAGUAAGCGUAACUGGCAUUAAGUCGAUAUAAGUAUUUUUAGAAACUGAUGAGAGUAUUCCGGGAAUAAAUUAAAAAUAAUCUUCAUAUAGGUAUCGUACUUAUCCUUUUAAUAUACAUAAGAGUGGCAGAUUGAUCACGUUAGCAUGUAAGCUAAAUUAACAAUAAACCCUCCACAAAAAAAUCCAUUUACGAACAUGCUUACUCUACGAAUUUUUAUACAUUUUUUUAAAUCUAAAUGCUCUGUCACCUCAACUGAAACAUUUGGGUCAAUAAAGUUAGCAAUCUUAAGUUGAGAUGAGCUAAAAGCGCUAGAUAGAAUCCUAAUUGUUGGAAAGUUAAGAUGGAAGUUCGAAAUUAAAUUUUUCAGCAGGAGUGGUUUUUUUCCCUUGAGUUUUCAUUUAACCUUAAACAUGCUGUUCUUCAAUAAACUUAAGUUUUGCAUUCUGAUUUUUCUUUUACUGUUCGAUGUUUAUAAAUCUGCGAAAUUGUUGCAGUAAUUAACUAUAUUCUGUCUUAAUAUUAGAGAUGUUUAUUCACAUAUAACUGAAGGAACGUAAGUUAAAAAUGAUUCGCAGUCCAAGGAUCCUGACAGCAGAAUUUGCACACCGUUGCCGUGCUGUAACGUGGAUAUGCUUCAACGCUUAUUGGUAUUUAAACAUUUAGGCAAAGACUUUACACAAUAAGUCCUUUCAAUGUCAAAAAGUAUAACUUUUGCAGUUUGUGCGGAUUUGAAGCCCUCAUUUACUGGAAACUGAACUCGUAAGCAUAUCUGCGCAACGUAAGUAAGAACAACAUUACCAUUUUUCCUGCAAUAAAUAUGAAAUUUAUAUAUAACGAGAUAAUUUUAUUUCAUUAAGCACCUAAUUUAGAUCUAAAUGUUUUAAUCUUAUUUAAAAAAUAUAGGUGUGAUGAGACUGCUGAAGAGGUAUAAGUUGAUUUCUCGUACAACAUUCGAAUGAAAUGUCUCUUGAAUAAGCACAUAUAGUUGGCCGAUUUUAUUUAGUUUUCUCCUCGCCGAAGUCAAAAUGGACUGUCCAGCAUCCAGUUUCACCCGCUGGCGAUGAGAUAUAUCAUUCAUGCCUCAAAUCUUGCGCAUCUAAAUGCUAUUGGCUCGUGACUAGACUAUUUUAUAAUGAUAUAGCCUGUGUAAAUGCUAUAUUUUUGCAAGACACGUGCAUUUAAAAAAAAUCCCUUCAAAAAAAAAAAAAAAAAAAACCGGUGGCUGUACAACUUGUCGUCAUACCACGUUGGGUCAGUCUCAAUGCAAGAAUUUGUUGAGCACAAUUGUUACUAUUGACACCCAACCCACACCGUAAGGCUAAGCGAAUUGUAUCAGUGGUUGUAUUUCUAUUAUUCUGUAGUACUAGGUGAAUUAUUUGUUUGAUUGAAACUGAAUUUUUCUCUUGACUAUGAAUCUCACCUUUGUCUUAGUGCUGUUUGAUGUAACUCUUCUAUUCUGGAUAUAUUUUCACUUGUAUUUGCCGGCCAUUCUAGUUAAUACUGAUAAUCGGCUUGAUAUUUUUCAACAUUGUUCUUCACUUUUCUCUCUUUAUAUAUAUAUCUAUAUAUCCAUGCUCUGUUAAAAGUACCUAUUUAAUACUCAUGUAUGUGUAUUAUGACUAUGAAUACAUCAUUCCGACAGUGUUAUUUAUUAAAUAUGUUGCUGCUGACCUCCAAGUAGGUAUUACUAAUGCCCUCAUACUUUUGUAUAUUAGGAGAGACCUUAUGAAUGUAACCAUUCAUUGUGAGUUUGGGUCGGCAAUUAGACAUUUAACAUUAAGUAGCCUCUUUGAACGUCAUUAGGAUAGUUUCGUGCUGUUUCUCGUGUUUGCUUUCCUUCGUGUAGAUGUUCAGUUGUUGCGGAAAAGUAUUUAAGCAAAAUGUAGUUAUUUAAGUAAUAAUAGCAAUUUUUUGCUCGUGUAAACUGUUUGCUAUUUAUGAAGAAUAAGAUUGCUUGAUUAUACAAACAAUGCUAUUUAUAUUCCCGAGAUGAACAAAACCUCGGGAAACGUUUGAGAGUGGUAGUUAUUGUAUAUCCUAUUGUAUUAUGUACUUAAAAUUUAUUGUUCUUUAAUUUAUUGAAAGAGAAAUGAACGGUCAAAACAAGCUCGUCUAGUCAUUUUUCUGGUGACUUGGUCCUUCACGUUGUGAUGUAUCCCUUCGCUAAUUCAAUUUUAUAAUCAAAAAUUUCAAAAUUUAACAACAAAAAAGAAUUGAUACUCGUUUGUUAUUUGGUCUUAUUGAACCAAAAAGAAUCACGAAGAGGGAGCCAGUAUUUUUCGAAUCUGCUGAUACUUAAUAAUGCUCAAACCAGUCUAGCAAUAGAUACAGUACUAAACGAUACUAGUUGAGCGAAAUUAGAUAAAAUUUGUUUUGCGUACCUAUGUAAGCACUUGCAUCUUUACUGGAUUGCCUGUGAUAUGAGUAGCGCAUACUAGAUUGCAUAAGUUCUUAAACGUCAGACAAUGGAACAAUCAAAAUUAACAGUACAAAUCAAAUUAACUAAGCUGCUUAUUCAGUAUGAAUAAGCUAAUAAAGCUUGCUUAUCAAACUACUCAUAUUUAAAAACAUUUUCCCAUGCGCCAACUUCAGUUGUUGCAAGGUUUAUGCAAUGUUAAUGAAACACGUAAUAUGUAAUAACGUGCCUUGCGACGUUACAUAGUGAUGUUAAUUCAUGCUUACUCAUCAGAUAUCAUAGCUGGGAUUGGAUAGGUUUCGAGAGGUAAAUUUGUAUACAUAGUCACGUAAUCAAAACUUGGAUGGCCAUCGUUUGGUAUGUGCCUCUUCCAUUAAGUAGGAAAUCAGCUUCCGAUCUUUUGCUACUUUAGCUUUAGCCUAGUAUUAUUAAAAGCGUACUGCGCUUUAUUUACUACAUUCCAAAUGUAAAGAAACGUUGAUUUAACACUGAAGUUAUAGGUACGUAAGUAAUAGAAACUUAUGUUAGCCAAGCUAACACUCCAUGCUUAUCACAUUCCAAUGGAUACUUUCAUGCAUUCAGAGGUGCUGCGCGUUUAAACAUCAUUCAUUGCUAAAAUUAGAUGAUGCAAGGGGCAUUCAGAAAGCCUUAUUGUCAUAUAUAGAGCCAAAUUGAACAUAUGCACACUAUUUUCUAUGCAGAACUUAUGCACUUCAAAUUUAUACAUUAUUAUGCAUAUAUAAGAAUAUUUUGAAAGAACACAUUGUAAUAUAAACUGAAAUCAAGUACAAAUAUAAUAAUUUAAAUUUGAGGGAAGGGAGUAACUAAAAAUGCAGCUUAUAGGUAAAACCAGUCAUUGUCCCUGUAUGAAAUGUACAAAUUUUUCCGCUUCUAUACUUUUUUAACAAAAAGUGCUGCUCAGAACUUUCAUUAGUCUCAGGAUCUGAACAGGUGGUAGAGGUGCAUAUAUUAGCGGUUGAAGAAAAAUACUGGCAGUCCACGAUACCUUCACCUAAAUGGUAGAACCAUUUCAUCUCGUUCCCUGUGCGUCGUCAUCUUAGGGACAUUUGAACAUUUGUGUGGUUGUAGCCUGUUUAUUGCAUAACCUCGGUUACGUAUCUAUUACCUCUAUGCAAUUUAACUGGAAUGGCCUCUAUUAUUUUUGGUCACGAUUUGCUGCUUUCCAAGGUUUUCAAAGCAAUAUUAAAAUUUAUGCCGUUGCAUGGUGGAUGAACUAUCCUAGAGAUAGUGUGAACAAGAGAAUAAUGCUGAGUUAUAUUGCAAAAUGUGAUAUUGCAUAUCAGUAUCAGUUUGAAAGCGUGUGCUAAUUUUUCUUUUGCUUUGAAGUGCUACGUACUUUUCAUGAAAAAGUUUUAUUAUGGAAACACGUUAAAUUAUUUCUAGAUGAAAGCUAAAACCCUUUUUUUUUUUUUCAAAACCUAACAAAUCUCAACACUUGAGUUAAUAUCCAUUUAAAAAUUCGGUUGGCAUUUCCAGAAUAUGCCAGAAGUUUCUUUAAUCAAACUUCAAUUCAGAAACUAAAGGAUAAAUCAAUAUACUCUUUCUCAGAGUGAGAUGAAAUCGGCGGUACUCAACUGUGGUACUUCAUGCACCAUGCAAUGAGCUAUGGGAAAAAUUAAUUUACAUUUCUCAGCUUAAACAUAGUCACAAUCCCUAAAUACAAUGAAUUUUGGCCAAGGUAUGAAAUUUAAAGUGUUGCCAGUCUUUCUUUUAUACAAAUAUAUUUACAUAAGUUGAAUUUGCCAGUUUGGCACUGUCUCUGUAAAACAUAUGUCUAUAUGUGAGUUAAGAAGAGAUUAAAACAGGAAAAAGUUUAAAAAGUAAUUUUCAAUUCGAAGGGGUUGCAUGAAUUCUAUAUAUGUAUUAUAAUAAAAAUAUAUAUAUACAUAUAUAUACAUACUACUUUUGACUUUGUAAAAAUGACCUCGGCGGUCGAGUUGUUUCUUGGCGUAGUUUGAUUGUAAUGCAAUAUUUGUACUUUUCCAUGUUGAAACUUAAUAAAUUUCCACCAUCCUA